UUAGAAUUUGAACUCGUGACGUGAAGUGAAAUCGCAAAUAUUUGAGGAUUUUGAAGUUAACAUGGACGCCAUUCGUCGAGCUUACAAUAUCGUAUUUUAUGAGAGAGCAGAUCCCCGUGUCAAGGACUGGUUCCUGAUGACGUCACCGUGGCCAGUAGCGUCGAUCAUAGCAACAUACUUGGUUUUCAUCAAAGUUAUCCUGCCCAGGUUCAUGAGGAACCGAAGGGCGUACGAACUGAGGACCAUCAUCAAGUGGUACAAUGUGGUGCAGAUUGUAGCCAAUGCCAUUGUUACUUGGGGGAUAAUGACGUCAGGCUGGACAACCACAUACCACUUCGGGUGCAUGCUCCCGGAUUACUCAAUGAAGCCUGAACCUCUAAGGAUGCUGCGCUUCCUCUGGUGGACCAUCAUCCUCAAGCUGCUGGAGCUGUGGGAGACAGUGUUCUUCGUUCUAAGGAAGAGAGAGAGGCAGGUGUCAUUCCUGCAUGUAUACCAUCACUGCAGCACGUUGGUCAUUGUGUGGUCAGCCGCCAAGUACGUUGGAGGUGAGUAUCAGAGUAUCAAGAUCUGUCAUUCGCCUUUUUCUUCUUGGAGAGGCAAUGAAUGGCAGAAUAUAGGUAAAUAG